UACUGUUGCCGCCUCAUUAAUAUACGUUCGAUACAACUCUAUAUUUUUAUAUCGAAAAUGAAUUGGAACAUGAGCACUAUGUGUGGGUUGAACUUUCUUGGAAAACAUGUUAAUAAAUUCAAAAUAGGCGGUACCUUUUUGCUGUGCAACAUAGCAUAUGAUUAUGAUGAUUUAAGAAAAUAAUAGUCAGUAAUCAAAUGAAAAUCUAUGAUUGGAGGAUUAUUAUCAUAAUGCUGUAUAUAUCCAUAUAUAAAUUGGAUAAUACACCUAAUGAAAUACAUGCAGCAUACCAUUCUACAGUCUACUUUUACUUUUAUCGAGUAUAUUAAAAUCGUAGAAUUGAUCAAACUAUUUCAUUCAUACGGAAUUUAUUUUGUAUAAACGUAAGUCAGAGAUAUCAACAAUGACAACAACCUGCUGUCGAAGAUACAUUGGUUCACAGUUUUAUAAAUAUGCUAGUUGUCGAUUUAAGGCCACGAUGGCAGCCAUUUUGACACCGGAAUGUGAAACUGAGCAUGUAAAAUCAUUUGAAGAUAUUCCAGGUCCGCCAUCACCGCCGUUUUUAGGAGCACUUGUGCACCACUUUCCUUUUGGUGCAUUUCACGGGAAAACUCCCCCACAAAUUUAUGAAAUGUGCCGACAAAAAUAUGGAGAUAUAUAUAAGGAACGAAUUUUUCACUUCUCAUUCGUCCAUCUCUUUGAUCCUGAUGAUUUUGAAACUGUUUUUCGAGCUGACGGGAAAUAUCCAAUCAGAGAGGCAUUUAUGACCUUGACCCAUUACAACAAAAAGUAUAAUGGAAAUGUGCAAGGCAUUAUAACCAGUCAAAAUGAAACAUGGCAAAAGCUUCGAAGUACUUUUCAACAGAAAAUGCUUCGACCGAAGGCAGUUGCUGCUUAUUUUGACGAACAGUCAAAGGUUGCAGACGAACUUGUAGAAAAAAUCUCACGUACCAAAUGUGUUAAUGGCAUUAUAGAAGAUUUACGGAGUGAUCUUACAAAAUUUGCAACUGAAGGUAUUGGUUUGGUGUGCUUUAAUAAAAGAUUUGAUCUGUUGUUGAGUAAAGAGGAAAAUGCUGAAGCACGAAAGUUCCUAUAUUCUGUACGUGUAAUAAUGGAAACAACACACAAUGAGUUCAGAAGACUUCCAUUUUACAAACUAUUCGAGACACCCUCAUACAAAGAAUUUGUGAAGGCAAAGAUUUUUGUAAAAGAAAUGGCAAAUAAAUACUCAAAACAAGCUUUAAAAGAAAUGGAAGAACGAUCAAAAGACGGUACAGAAGUAGAUGGAGAGAACGGAGAUCUCAUUCCUUAUUUAAUGAGCAAGUCCUCAUUAACAGAGGAAGAAGUUUUCAAAGUCAUUAGUGAAUUCAUAUUAGUAGGAGUCGACACAACAAGUCAUCACAUAGCCUAUAUGUUAUAUUUAUUGGGAACUCAUCCUGAGGUCCAGGAAAAGCUGUACGAAGAAAUGUCAAGACACAUUGACAAUACAUUGUCUAUCGACAACUUACAGCAAAUGACAUACUUAAAAGCAGUAGACAAAGAGGUUCACAGAAUGCUGCCAGUUGCUGGUGGAACUAUCAGAAGACUGACACAGGAUAUCAAUUUACGGGGCUAUCAUAUACCUGCUGGGACAACUAUUGCAGUUCACUGGGAACAGUCGAUGCUGGAUGAGGUCAACUUUAAAGAUGCUCUUUCUUUUAAGCCAGAACGAUGGUUGCGAGAAAAUGCUGAUAGAAAGGAAAUUCAUCCAUUUGCUGCAAUACCAUUUGGUGUAGGCCAAAGAUCUUGCAUUGGCCGACGGUUUGCCGAACAAGAGACAUUUCUUGCAGUUGUUAAGAUACUUCAAAGUUAUCAAAUAGAGUAUGUUGGAGAAGAUCUGAAAUUAGACUAUGGCGUCAAUGUUGCUCCUGCCACCAAAAUGAGAUUCCAGUUCACACCACGAAAUCCAAAAGACUGAAUAUAAAAUGGAAUGACAACUGGUAAUGCAUCCUGACGUUUACACGACUGUCCAUUCCAAAACAACGUUAAUGGUGAUAUGAUUCCCAUUGAAGGAUGACAACGUGAUAAUAUUACUAUGUACAAUGAUUGAAAUAUGGCUACCCCUCUCUUGGGACAUUUCCGGUCAGAAUUAUGAAUGAUUUUGUGACUUUAUUUGAGUGCAUUUAUUCAACGUAAAGCAUUCUAUAAGGAUGUGUGCCUUUAUAAGGAAUAAAGUCUCAGAGUAGAAAAACAGACAGACACCCAUAAUAGUAAAAUAUAAAUUUUACUAUUCAAUUAGAGGAACUUAUAAUGGGUUCGUCCUGUAUAAGUUCUUGUUUUUUCUGCGACAAAUAUUGAUUUUAUGAUGCGAACUGUUUCCCAGACAGAAUGUAAAUACAGAGCUUAUAAUGUUUUAUAUGUAAUAUUCAUCAAUUUAAAAAAAAAGAACUUAACAGUAGAUUAAGAAAUGUCUAUAAAAAGUGACAAAGACUAAACGCAUAAUACUUCCACCUAAAUAUGAUAAAAAGAUUGCAAAUAAAACCCCAGUAAAAUCAUUAGGGUCUUUAGAAUUCUUUUGGUCGUUUGCAAAAGUUUAAAUUACACAAAUAAUCCGUCCAUUGUAAGUUUCUAAGAUUAUAAUAUGAAACAAUUGACUAAUUUUUCUUUUGCGGCCUUGAGAAUUUGAUGCAAUCAUGAAAUAUUUUCAAAAAUAUACUCCAGAACUUUAUAAAUAGAGAACAUUAAACAAAACAGUCGACCCUGUAACAAAGGCGAAAGGAUUUUGGGGUUCUCAUGAAUAGAAUGAAUUUAUGGUAAAAACUGUUGAACUUAGAAUAGGCAAAUUGCUUAAUUUUUUAAUGUAAAUAUUUUGACGCGAUAUUGCACAAAUAUGACAGUAUAAUUGAUUUUAGUUAUAUAUAAGAGACUUGGUCACACAGCCAAACUACAUAUUUAGACGCGAUAUUACAUACAUAUGAUACAUUAUGUCAUAAAAGUAAUAUUUGAGACUCACCCCAAUACCGCAAACAUACAACUGUAUAUAUUUUGACGCGAUAUUAAACACGUAUAACAUUAUAUUUUAGUAGAGUAGUAUUAACGAUUUGCUCAAUUUGCAAAACAACUGUACAUAUCGAUAUAAUAAGACAGGCUGUUCAAGCCGAUAUGUAAAAUAAACAAGCAGUUUCCUGUUUAACAAUUUUUGUUACCAGAACUGUACAUUAAUUUACAGAUCUAACAUUGUUGGGUUGAUGUUUAGACGAAUUAUAGAUAUAUAUAUAUAUAUAUGUAAAUUAAUUUUAUCUGUGCAAAGAUCACUUUAAAUUCACUUAAAAACGAUUCUAGAGAAAUAAACGUCAUCUUUAAGAUGUUGUUAAAUGUUUGAGGAAGUUUAUAAUAUUUUAUUUCAAUCUAGUUCAUUUUAAUCUAUGACUUUCAAUACUUAACAAUUCGCCGUUUCAGAAUCUAAUGCAUCCUGGGUAAUAUUUUCAAAAGCGUACACCAAAGCGUUUUGCUUGGUUUAAAACAUAAUAAACAAUGCAAAUUCAACCAAUGACGUAACGUUAUUUUCACUUUGGGGUACGAACAAUGAAAUUACCCAUGAUGCUUUAGAUUCUGAAGAGGCCAAUAGUGAAAAUAUCAUUAUAAGAGGUUUGAUAUUAAAGGAGGAUCAUUCAAAAAAAUGAAAUUUCUCUAAAAUCGGUGUUGGUGCAAUCACAUACAUUGAAACAGACAUUAUUAUAGAGUGCAAUAUAUCAAAAAUUAUUUGUGUAUUUUGUUAAAGUAUUUGUUAAAUGUUGUAUGUAAAAGUUUAUUAAAAAAAUAUCAAAGAUACCAGAUUAAUUAUCAGUUCGCCACAAAUAAUGAAUAAGAAAAAAUGAAAUUUCUCGAAAAUCGGAGUUGGUGCCAUCACAUACAUUGAAACAGACAUUAUUAUAGAGUGCAAUAUAUCAAAAAAAAUAUUUGUGUAUUUUGUUAAAGUAUUUGUUAAAUGUUGUAUGUAAAAGUUUAUUAAAAAAAUAUCAAAGAUACCAGAUUAAUUAUC